GUUAUCUGGAGGCGGAACACACACGAGUACCCGCAUACAAACACAUACACACAGGUCCACAAAGAGCCCCGGAUCUUCGUCGUAUUCAUUCACAGCUACUCCCGGGGGACCUCCCAAACCUAGUCACCCGCCCACACACACCCCUUAGUCAUUCACAACCUCAUUCACGUCCUCUAGCCCCACACGCACACAGCCAGCUGGAGACACCUGCACAGGACCACAAAGUCCCAGGCUCCUACGACUACACACAAUGGUCCAGGAUCUCGCAUAAAACACAUACACACGCGCGGAGAAGCUUGCGCGCAGCCCAGGAUCUCAAAACGUGUCACAACCCUGAAGUCGUUUACACUUCUAUGCGCCCACUCAGGUGCGUACUCACACUCAGAGAAUCUUAGAAUUAUUUACAGUGUGCAGUUGUGUUACCCAUCACAAUUGCAGGCACACACUGCACAAUCCCAUUUAGCCACCGAGUCAUGCACGUCCCCCAGUAGCCCUUGUCCCUACACUUACACCCUUAGAACCACGUGCAACCUCACAGACUCAGCGCCGGAUUCCCCAGCCCACCCCGACCACACUCAAAAUCACGCCCACAAACACACUGCAUCGCCGCGCCCAUCACACAUCGCAAUCGUGAAGUUGCUCGGGCUCUGCGACCCUUCCCCUGCCGCCUCUUCCCCUGGAUCCCCGGAGCCAGGCGGCUGCCUGAAGGGGCGGGGCCGUCCUCUCGGUUAUAAAGCUCCAGAAACCAGCAGCUGCGACUCCCGGGAUCCUGGAAAGGCCAUGGUCUCUCUGCGGAUGUCCCGGGUCCUGUCGGUGAUCCUGGCGCUCUUUUGCCUUCCCCAGGCACAGCCUGCCGGUGUCUUCGAACUGCAGAUCCACUCCUUCGGACCGGGACCAGGCUCAGGGACCCCGCGAUCCCCCUGCAGCGCCCGGGGCUCCUGCCGCCUCUUUUUCAGGGUCUGCCUGAAGCCAGGGGUCUCUGACGAGGCCGCCGAGGCCCCCUGCGCCCUGGGCGCCGCGCUCAGCACUCGCGGACCCGUCUACACUGAGCAGCCUGGAGCGCCCGCCACUGACGUGCCGCUGCCCGAGGGCCUCUUGCGCGUGCCCUUCCGAGAGACCUGGCCGGGCACCUUCUCCCUCAUCAUCGAAACCUGGCGAGAGGAGCUGGGGCAGCAGGUUGGAGGGCCCGCCUGGAGCCUGCUGGCGCGCGUGGCCGGCCGGCGGCGCCUGGCGGCUGGUGGCCCUUGGGCCCGGGACGUGCAGCGCGCGGGCGCCUGGGAGCUGCGCUUCUCCUACCGCGCGCGCUGCGAGCCGCCCGCCGUCGGGGCCGCGUGCACGCGCCAGUGUCGCUCGCGCAGCGCCCCCUCGCGGUGCGGCCCGGGACUGCGACCCUGCGAGCCGUUCGAGGACGAAUGCGAAGCCCCAACAUGUCGGGCAGGCUGCAGCCCAGAGCAUGGCUUCUGUGAGCGGCCAGAUGAAUGCCGGUGCCUGCAGGGCUGGACGGGGCCCCUCUGCACCGUCCCUGUCUCUACCAGCAGCUGCCUCGGCCCUAGGGGCCCAUCGUCUGCCACCGCUGGAUGCCUGGCGACUGGGCCUGGGCCCUGUGACGGGAACCCGUGUGCCAACGGGGGAAGCUGUAGCGAGACACCCGGGUCCUUCGAGUGUGCCUGCCCCCGCGGGUUCUACGGCUUGCGGUGCGAGGUGAGCGGGGUGACCUGUGCGGAUGGACCCUGCUUCAAUGGUGGCUUGUGUGUUGGGGGUGCAGACCCCGAUUCUGCCUAUGUCUGCCACUGCCCACCUGGUUUCCAAGGCUCCAACUGUGAGAAGAGGGUGGACCGGUGCAGCCUGCAGCCGUGCCAGAAUGGCGGGCUCUGUCUGGACCUGGGACACUCCCUGCGCUGCCGCUGCCGCGCGGGCUUCGCGGGUCCGCGCUGCGAGCACGACCUGGACGACUGCGCGGGCCGCGCCUGCGCCAACGGCGGCACGUGUGUGGAGGGCGGCGGCGCGCGCCGCUGCUCCUGCGCGCUGGGCUUUGGUGGCCGCGACUGCCGCGAGCGCGCGGACCCCUGCGCCGCGCGCCCCUGCGCUCACGGCGGCCGCUGCUACGCCCACUUCUCCGGCCUCGUCUGCGCCUGCGCGCCGGGCUACAUGGGCGCGCGCUGCGAGUUCCCGGUUCACCCCGACGGCGCGGACGAGGGGGUAGCGGCCCGGCCCAGCCUGAGGCAAUCGGACCCGCAGCGCUUCCUUCUGCCGCCAGCUUUGGGACUGCUGGUGGCCGCGGGCUUGGCUGGCGCUGCACUCUUACUGAUCCACGUGCGCCGCCGUGGCCCUGGUCGGGAUACUGGGUCUCGCUUGCUGGCGGGAUCCCCGGAGCCAUCGGUCCACGCGCUACCCGAUGCACUCAACAACCUGAGGACGGCGGAGGGCUCGGGGGACGGCCCCAGACCUGAACUGCCCCUUCUCCAUCAGAGCCCGGAUGUUGAUACUUGCUUGCUAGUGGCCAAUCUUGCCCCAGACAUUUUGGAGUGCAUGUUGGAAGGAGCGGCUGGGAGAACUGGACUGUUGGCAGUUGUACAUAAUGGUUAUUUAUAUCCUGUUAUUUUCUCUCCCCAUCUUUCCAGAAAUGUCUAUAAAGGCUCUUAUUUUGAUCAAAUAUCUCAGGCUGAGUGCUUUAUAUUUGGUGUUAGAACUGAGGGGAGGAGAGAUUCGACUCUCUUUGAGAAUAAUGGAAUUCUUUAUGUUGCAGAAAUCAGAAACCACACAAAUUGAUUUAAAUUUUUAAAAUAACAUUGUUAAAACACAAAAUUACAACAAAUCUGGUUUUAUAGAUCUUUACUGGAUUUAUUUGUGACUGAAUUAGGUAGCCGUCUUUAUCAAAAAUGGUUCAGAAAACUCCCUUCCACCACAUAGGCAGGUUGUAACUUUUUUGUUUGUUUGGUACCAGGGAUUGAACCCAGGAGUGCUUAACCACUGAGCCACAUCCCCAGCCCUUUAUUUUUAUUUAGAGACCAGGUCUUUCUGAAUUACUUAGCAUCUUUCUAAAUUGCUGAGGCUGGCUUUGAACUUGCAAUCCUCCUCCCUCAGCCUCCUGAGCCCAGAUUACAGGCUUAUGUCACUGAGCCACACUGCAGGUUAUAAUUUAUCCUCAGGAAGUGAUAUACAGAAACAAGAAGUGAGGUAGACAGACAGACACUGGUUACAGCUAAGUGUCUGUCUUAUUUGAACAUUUGAAUAGUUGGCUACUUGUGAUUGGCUAAGACUCACCUACUUGUCACAAUGGUAGGUACACUCUGCACAUCAAAUUAAAUUGUAGCUUACUAUGUAAGGAUGCCACUUUUGGUCAAGCAAUUCAAAUUAACAGUUCAUAAAAAAUAAAUAAUCCUGUAGUGGCUUCAAGUAGGGCUAGACUCCAGCUCAGUGUCUUUUCCAAUUGGCUCUUUAUGUAUGUGUGUGUGUCAGGGGACAGGUACUGGGGAUUGAACCCAGGGAUGCUUUACCACUGAGCUACAACCACAGAGCUGCUUUUUUUUUUUUUUUUUUAAUUUUGAGACAGAGUCCCGCUAAGUUGCAGAGGCUUCCCUCAAACUUGUGAUCUUGCUGCCUUAGCCUCCCAGAGUCACAGGGAUUACUGGCGUGUGCAAGCACGCCCUACUCCAGUGGCUCUCUUUACCCCUGAAUUGCCUUCGUAGGUAGAUACACCUCCGUAGGUCCUGGCUUGUCAUAAGACCAUCACUGAACAAGUUGCUAAGCAGCCUGACGUACUCUGAUUAAUCAGGCUUGUCAUCUCCUUGCUGUGUGAAAGGGCGUCAAGCUGGCCUGCCCAAAUCCCAUGGAGUACGUGGGAAAGGGUACCACCCCAAGUUAGGGUUCCUUACUAGAAAUGAGCACUGUGCCAGGAGGCAGACCAACAGAGCUGCCUUAUGAGAAAUGCUGAAGAAGUUUUUCAGGUUGGAGGCAAGUAAGACGAAUGCAAAUCCAUGCCAGACAGCAGAGCACUGGCAGAGGAAGCGAUGUCACUAUAACCAUAAUCACACACGCGUAUUUCUUUCCCUUUCAUCUGGUUUAAAAAGCAGUUGUAUAAGCGGAAUCCUCUGGACUUAAUUAAAAAAAAUAAAUAAAUGAAUUAAAAAUCUUAUUCUUGAACCUCUAAAACCCUGAACCAAAAUGAACCUCCCUUUGCUUCCCCUGUCAGGUAUUUCAUGAUAGUGACACAAAACUGACUGAUACAGGAGCGUUGGCAGAGGGGCCUGAUGGGAGCUAUUGAUCAGGAGCACUUGCUAUGGUUUGGAAGUGGUUUCUCCUCCAAAGGUUCAUUGGUCCCCAGUGUGGUGUAAUUUGGGGCCACUGGUGAGGGUGGCACAUCAUGGCAGCCUUGUACAGGAUCAACUGCUCACAUUGAAAGCUAGGAAGCAGAGACCGUGAGACCCGAGGUUCUACCAUCCCCUUGGAGGGCACACCCCCAGUGAUCUGAGGACCUCCCACUAGGCCCCACCUCUUAAGUCCCUACCAUCUCCCUACCAGGCUACCUGGGGACCAGUUCUUUUAACACACGGACCUCUGGAGGACACCGGUCCAAACCAGAGAAACUUGCAUCGCAAUUAACAUAUGCUUUUUUGGGUGGUGGUGGGGCACAGUCAAACUCAGCUAUUGUUUUAUGCAGUUCACAAAAUCUGACUAUUCCAAUUUGUGUUACGUUU